UCUUGCAGUUGCGGCCCGGAGGUCAUUUCCGGGAAGAUGGCAGCAGCGCGUAUGCUGAGGACCUGGAGCAAGAAUGCCAAGCUGCUGAUUUGUGUUCGCUCUUUUCAAACAUGUGGUACUGUUCAUGUUUUGAAGCCAAAAUGUGUGUAUUUCUUAAGUUACCCUUCAUUCAACUACAGUCAUCCACAUCACUUGCUGAAAACGACCGCUGCUCUACAUGGACAGAUUGUUCAGUUCAAACUCUCAGACAUUGGAGAAGGGAUUAGAGAAGUAACAGUUAAAGAAUGGUAUGUAAAAGAAGGAGAUACAGUGUCUCAGUUUGAUAGCAUCUGUGAAGUCCAGAGUGAUAAAGCUUCUGUUACCAUCACUAGUCGUUACGAUGGAGUCAUUAAAAAGCUCUAUUAUAAUCUAGAUGAUAUUGCCUAUGUGGGGAAGCCAUUAGUAGACAUAGAAACAGAAGCUUUAAAAGAUUCAGAAGAAGAUGUUGUCGAAACUCCAGCUGUGUCUCAUGAUGAACACACACACCAAGAAAUAAAGGGUCAAAAAACACUGGCUACUCCUGCAGUUCGCCGUCUUGCAAUGGAAAACAAUAUUAAACUAAGUGAAGUUGUUGGCUCAGGAAAAGAUGGCAGAAUACUUAAAGAAGAUAUUCUCAACUACUUGGAAAAGCAAACGGGAGCUAUAUUGCCUCCUUCACCAAAAGCUGAAGUUAUGCCACCUCCACCAAAACCAAAGGACAAGACUAUUCCCAUGCCAAUAUCAAAACCUCCAGUAUUCAUAGGCAAAGACAAAACAGAACCCAUAAAAGGCUUUCAAAAAGCAAUGGUCAAGACUAUGUCUGCAGCUCUAAAGAUACCUCACUUUGGUUAUUGUGAUGAGGUUGACCUUACUGAACUGGUUAAGCUACGAGAAGAAUUGAAACCCAUUGCUUUGGCUCGUGGAAUUAAGCUUUCCUUUAUGCCCUUCUUCUUAAAGGCAGCUUCCUUGGGAUUGCUACAGUUUCCUAUCCUUAAUGCUUCUGUGGAUGAAGGCUGCCAGAAUAUAACAUAUAAGGCUUCUCAUAAUAUUGGGAUAGCAAUGGAUACUGAGCAGGGAUUGAUUGUCCCCAAUGUCAAAAACGUUCAGAUCUGCUCUGUAUUUGAAAUCGCCGCUGAGCUGAACCGCCUCCAGCAACUGGGCACCGCAGGUCAGCUCAGCACCACAGAUCUUACUGGAGGGACAUUCACUCUUUCCAAUAUUGGAUCCAUUGGUGGUACCUAUGCCAAACCUGUGAUAUUGCCACCUGAAGUAGCCAUUGGGGCCCUUGGAUCAAUUAAGGCCCUUCCUCGAUUUAACCAGAAAGGAGAAGUAUAUCCUGCGCAGAUAAUGAAUGUGAGCUGGUCAGCGGAUCACAGAAUUAUUGAUGGUGCUACAAUGUCACGCUUCUCUAAUUUGUGGAAAUCCUACUUAGAAAACCCAUCUUUUAUGCUACUAGAUUUGAAAUGAAGAUUAAUAAGACAUUCUUGAACUUUUUGAGCUUCCAAAGAAUCUGUAAAGCCUAGUUGUGCCAGCACAUGUUCUCUGUUACAACUUGUUUAUACAUGAUUUGUAUUGUAUGAUUAAAGUUCUAACGCACAAUAUUCUAAGACACUAUUCUGUUGGACUUUUUACUGAAAAUGAAUAAUGAUUUAAUGCUUCUCCUGGGGCUGUCACAUUUUAUAGGUCAGAAUGUGACUUCUUAAUACAGUGCUGAGGUCUUCAUGUCAAUGGAUUGAAACUGUAAGAAAACAAAAUAUUACUAAAAGACAAGUAGCCAUUUACAUGUAAUAUUUGCCCUCUCUUUUUCUUCUCUUUUCUCUCUUCUUUCUUUCUUCCUUCCUUCCUUUCUUUCUUUCUUUCUUUCUUUCUUUCUUUCUUUCUUUCUUUCUUUUUUUCUUCCUUCCUUCCUUUCUUUCUUUCAGUGAUUCUUAAUGAAAUUUUUUAAUUAUACUUGGGAAAAAAUUUGUAUGUAAAAAUAUUUUCCAUUUCCCUACAGUUAUGCUAAUUGCUAUAUAAAGUGCAAUUAUACUUAUCUUUUAAAAUUCCCCUGCAUAUAUUCUUGAUCUCUGUAGAGUUUAUCAUCUAUAAAUGUGUUAUUUAUAAAAAUUAGCGUCUUUGAAAAAGAAAAAAAUGUCACCUGGUCUUAAAAGUGCCCAAUUAUAGUUUUAUAAACAGUAAAGUUGUUAAAAGUAUGUGUUUAAAAUGGUUAUACUUUUAGAAUUUUGGUAAUGCUUUUGUGGUUAUGCUUUACGCUUUCUGUUGGGGGAAAAACUUCACCUUUACAAGCUUGCUUCAUGUAAAGAAGAUUCUUUAAAUGUAGUGAUGCUGACAUUUUAUAACAUACUUUUAAUUUUCUUCAUCUUCAAGUAAAAAUUGGAUAAGAAAUUAAAGUCAAUUCCAUUGUCCAUAUACCUAAGUGGUUCAUGAGUAAGUGGAGAGAGAAGAAUCUAAUUGUUAAUUAUGAACAUAAAAAUAAAUUUAAAAGUUUUAUACAGAAAUGAAAGUUUCAUAAUGAUUAUUUUGUUAUGUUGAAUGUCCACUUUAAUCAGAAAUAGCAUGAAGAUAAGUAUAAUCCAGAAUUUUGAGUUCUAACAUUAGCCGAUUGAAUACUGAUGUCAAAAUUAGUUCCAGUGAAAUUUUGUGACAGAGAAAAGGUUGUUUUAAUGUCUACCUGACUUUUUUCAAAAUGAGAAUCAUUUUUUUUCUUUUUGACAGGCAGAGUGGACAGUGAGAGAGAGUAACAGAGAGAAAGGUCUUCCUUUUGCCGUUGGUCACCCUCCAAUGGCCGCUGCGGCCAGCGCAUCUUGCUGAUCCGAAGCCAGGAGCCAGGUGCUUCUCCUGGUCUCCCAUGUGAGUGCAGGGCCCAAGCACUUGGGCCAUCCUCCACUGCCUUCCCGGGCCAUAGCAGAGAGCUGGCCUGGAAGAGGGGCAACCCGGAUAGAAUCCGGUGCCCCGAUCGGGACUAGAACCUGGUGUGCCGGCGCCGCAAGGUGGAGGAUUAGCCUAUUGAGCCGCGGCGCUGGUGAGAUAAUCAUUUUUAAAUAAUUAAAUAACAAAUAAAUGCUGCUAUUGUUAAAAUUCAGAGAAUAUGGGGAACUGCAAAGAAAAUAAGAUAUCAUCCAUAGUCCUACCAAUACUAACAUUUUGAUGUAUGUAUCUGUAAAUAUAACUAUCCUUUUAAAGUGGGAUCAAGGAUCUCUACUAUUUUAUGAUUUGAUUUUUAAAUUUAAAAUGAGUAAUUUAAAUGUCAAUAAAUGAUUUCACAUUAUUAUAUUUUUAAAUGGCUGUAUCAUAUUCCAUUGUAUGUAUUAUACAUUCAUAUAUUAAAGAUCUACUAUAUAUUGA